AUGGACAAGGUCAAGCAAGUCUUGAACAUGGGCUCCGACGGCUCCUCGGCGACCCUACCCGAACCCUCUCCCGAGCUGUUGUCCGAGCUCAAGAACAAAUACAGCAACGCUGGCCAGGGCCAUGUCUUCACCUUUUACGAAUCCCUCGAUGGCCAGGCCAAGGCCGCCCUCUUCGACCAGCUUUCGGCCAUCGACCCGUCUCGCAUCAACGACAUCACCAAGAAGGCCCUCGCCCCGGUCGCGGCCGAACAGGCGUCCGCCAAGCUGGAGCCCCUGCCGGACUCGGCGACGGCUAGCAUGCUCGACUCCGGUGCCCAAGACAUCGACAAGUGGUACAAGUCCGGCCUCGAGCUGAUUUCCCGCAACAAGGUCGCCGUCGUCCUCAUGGCCGGCGGCCAGGGCACCCGUCUCGGCAGCUCCGAUCCCAAGGGCUGCUACGACAUUGGCCUGCCCUCGCACAAGUCGCUCUUCCAGAUCCAAGCGGAGCGCAUCCGCAAGAUCCAGGAGCUCGCCGGCCGCGGCGCCGUCGUGCCGUGGUACGUCAUGACGAGCGGCCCGACCCGCCAACCGACGCAAAAGUUCUUCGAGGGCCACAAGUACUUUGGCCUCGACGCCGCCAACGUCAAGAUCUUCGAGCAGGGCGUGCUGCCCUGCAUCUCAAACGAGGGCAAGAUCCUGCUCGAGAGCAAGGCCAAGGUGGCCGUCGCCCCGGACGGCAACGGCGGCAUCUACCAGGCUCUCGUCCACUCGGGCGUCCUCGACGAUAUGCGCGAGCGCGGCAUCCAGCACAUCCACGCCUACUGCGUCGACAACUGCCUCGUCAAGGUGGCCGACCCCGCCUUCAUCGGCUUCUCCGCCUCGCUCGACGUCGACAUUGCCACAAAGGUCGUCCGCAAGCGCAGCGCCACCGAGUCCGUCGGCCUCAUCCUGACCAAGAACGGCAAGCCCGACGUGGUCGAGUACUCGGAGAUCGACAAGGCCACGGCAGAGGCCCAGGAUCCCAAGCAACCCGGCGUGCUCAAGUUUCGCGCCGCCAACAUCGUCAACCACUACUAUUCCUUCCGCUUCCUCGAGUCCAUCCCCCAGUGGGCCCACAAGCUGCCGCACCACGUGGCCCGCAAGAAGAUCCCGACCAUCGACCUCAAGUCCGGCGAGACCAUCAAGCCCGAGACGCCCAACGGCAUCAAGCUGGAGCAGUUCGUCUUCGAUGUCUUCCCCAUGCUUCCCUUGAACAAGUUUGCCUGCAUGGAGGUCCGCCGCCAGGACGAGUUCUCGCCCCUGAAGAAUGCACGCGGCAAGGGCGAGGACGAUGCCGACACGAGCAAGCACGACAUUAUGUCUCAAGGACAGCGCUGGGUGGAGGAGGCCGGCGCGACCGUCACCGCCGACGGCGGUGUCGAGGUGUCUCCUCUCAUCAGCUACGGCGGCGAGGGUCUCGAGAAGUUGAAGGGCAAAGUGAUUGCCGCCCCGGCCGUGUUGGAGAUGGACGGAAAGUGA